UUUUUUUUUUUUACAUUUUUCCAAUACCGUGUUUCUUUGAUAACUAUUACUUUCCCCUUUAGGUUUUGGAACUCCCUUUUUCUUUCUUUCCUUUCCUCUAUCCUUUUUCUGAUAACUUUGCAAUUUUCUCAUAUUUUGCUUAUAUUUUCAGAUUUCGGUUAUUUCCACCCCUUUUUUUUGCAGCCAAAAACUACUUUCUCUCUUUGAAAAAAAAAAAAAAGGCUUUACCUUUAUUUAACAAAAAAAAAAAAAAAGCAUGAAACGCAUUCUCUCGCCUGUACUUGAACCGGAUGUUACAUUAACAUCGCCUGAUGCUGAUAUCGAGUAUCUUAGAAGGCAGCUAGCUACUCACAAACGACUAGCUACUGCAACCACUGGUCUUACUAACCUUGGUAGUUUAAAUGAGAAAUCCUUGACUGGUUCUGCUACUGACACCACAAAGGCAAAGAGUAAGAAGGCGUCUGACGCUGUGGCUUCUACUACUGAAAGUAACAUUAAAAACCAUGACCUAUGCGAUGCUUGCGGCGAUGUGGGUCAGUUCAUUUGUUGCGAUGCCUGUCCUAAUGCCUUCCACUUUACCUGUGUUGACCCGCCCAUGAGUGUGGACGAUGUUAUCAACAUGGAAGAUACAUGGUAUUGCAAUGAAUGUCUUCAAAAACGCAAAAAGAACAAAGCAGUAACCACUGGGAAAGAUUCUGGCUUGGGUUUGUUUCAACCAUUGAUUGAUAAUAUGGGCACUAAGAAUCCCAAAGCAUUCCGUCUACCAAAUGAAAUUAUCAAUUUUUUUGAAGGUGUAUCCUCUGAUAAACUUGGAAGAUACGUCGAUUCAUCCCAAGUGAAACGAGUUAAAUAUAGACAUGGUGAGAUGGAACGUCCUGAUUAUCACCCACUCAAGAGAAACGGGCAUUACACCGUUUGCUUCUAUUGCCGUAAAACUGCACUCAACAAACAAAUGAUCUCCUGCGAUUAUUGUCCUCUAUAUUGGCACCUCGAUUGUCUGAAUCCUCCCAUGCCUGCACCGCCUAAUCCUGCGAAGCGAUGGCGUUGUCCUGUUCAUAUCGAAAACUUUAUUAAACAACCAAGAAGGCAAAAGCACAAGACACCGACAAUAAUAUCUGACAAGUCACCCUCCUGUGCGUUUCAUAACUAUCUUGAAAACGUCCACAUUAUCCAUCACUCAAACGAACAGCAACCAAAGAAAUUCAUCGCAGCAGCAACAGCAGCCUUCCCCAUGACACCCUCAGAACAUCUCAUAACUUCCAGUAAAGAUAACAAAGUAUACCGACUUCCUACAGAACCCUUUCGAGUGAACUUUGAUAGCUACGCUAGAAAAGCAUUGAAAGAGAGACGACUGCUGAUGAAUGACAACCUUACUGCGGCCAAGAAACAAGGUAGAAAAUAUUCCCUACCAUCUACUUUAAUAAGCAGCUCUUCUGGCAGCGAGAUAUGUACACCUCCUCUCUUCGCGUCUCCAGUAUCAACUACCGCGCCUACCGUCAUCAAAUCUACCCUACCCCCUCAACCUCUUUUCAACAAUACAGACAUGGCAACUACCAAUGCUACUGCUUCAAGCAGUAAUAACAAUACCCAAACUGAGCAAGAAGAAGUCGAUCUUUGGCUACAAAACAUGGCUUUAUUUAAAACAAAUGCUACAGAUUUCAAAGCAAUGCCAACAACAACUGAAUCAUCCUCUACGAAUGAUACCACUACUCAGAAACAACCCAUGACGAUGACAGAAGACAAGCUAUUGACUCUCUUAAAGUUUUCUACUGAUGCGACUGCCAACACUAUGGAAAACACUUCUCUAUCCCCACCUUCAUCUCCUAUACCCGUCAAACAUCAACAACAACCUCAUCCAUUUGAACCAUCCAAUCGAAAACUACGCGCCGUCAACAUCAACAAGUUUAAAAGAUACAAGAAAUUUGAACAUUUGCUUGGUCAAAAAAGUGAACAGGAACUGAUCAACGUUUUCAAAAAACUCUUGUAAAUCACAAAACGAGAAUAUAACCAUCAUUUUUAUCCACGCUAUCCUCAUUUCUCAUCGCUUUGAGUGCAUUUUAUUUGAGCGCACAUUCAUUCCACUUUAUCCAUAUAACAUUACAUCUUCAUUGACCAUAUUUAUGUGUGAAAUAAAAAUCAUUACAAUG